AUGCCGGAACGCAAAAAUGUUUUACUCAUGAUUGCAGAUGACUUGGGGAAACAAUUAAGCUGCUACGGAGCGAAAGGAAUCAAAACGCCAAACAUUGACAAUCUCGCGUCCCAGGGAACUCGCUUUGACUAUGCCUUUGCAAGUACAGCAUCCUGCAGCGGUAGUCGCUCUGUUAUCUAUACGGGCUUACAUACCCAUCAAAAUGGACAAUAUGGGUUAGCAAGCCAUCGUCAUCAUUUUGUUACUUUUGAUCAUGUUGAGACUGCUCCGAGACUUUUGAAUGCGACUGGAUAUCGUACUGGUAUCAUUGGAAAGAUUCAUGUUGGACCGGAGCCGGUUUAUCCUUGGGAGAUCAGGAAGGAAAGCGAUACUCGCGAUGUGGCAUUGAUUGCGGAUCAAGCGCGGUCUUUCUUUGAAGAGGUUGAUGAGGAUGGUAGACCUUUUUUCCUGACAAUUGGUUACCAGGAUCCCCAUCGUGAUCGAACUAGACAAGGAUUCGGUAAUCAUGGCCAGUAUGAUCCUCGCAUCGGAGAAGGAAAGUAUGAACCGGAUGAUGUGGACGUUCCUCCUUUUGUCAAUGAUACACCCGGAACCAAAUUGGAGCUGGCCGAGUAUUACAAUUCUAUCCAUCGCCUUGAUCAGGGCAUUGGACUUGUGCUCGAAGCACUGGACAAUUCAAAUCUCGCACAGUCAACUCUUGUUAUCUUCUUGAGUGACAAUGGUCCUCCUUUCAUCAACUCAAAGACAACACUAUAUGAUGCUGGGGUCCGGUUACCGCUGAUUAUCAAACACCCAGAGCGGGAAUCAGCUGCAAGCUCUGCUAUGGUUUCUUACGUCGAUAUCCUACCAACAAUACUGGAUUUCGUGGGCCAUCCGGCCACAGAAGACCCCUUCAAGAAACGGAUAGGGCAAUCGCUUCUGCAAAUUAUUGGCUCGUCGGCAGAUGAGUUUGAUAUCGGGCGUGAAAGAGUUUUCGGUUCGCACACGUUCCAUGAGGUCACAAACUAUUGGCCAACGCGAUAUAUUCGCGACAGGCAGUACAAGUACCACAGAAACUUGGCUUGGCGCUUGGAUUUCCCAUUCGCAUCUGAUAUAUAUGGAUCGCUUUCUUGGGAAGAUAUACGGAAUUCAAACGAGAAAGAAAUCAAAAUUGGGCAACGGAAACUGAAAGACUACUUUUUCCGUGGACCAGAAGAGCUUUAUGAUCUUGCGAAUGAUCCGCUGGAGGUUAAAAACCUGGCAGACGAUCCACAGCAUCGCCCGCUAUUGGAUAAAUUGAGAUCAGAUCUGGAGGAGUGGCAGCGAAGAACCGAAGAUCCAUGGUUAUAUCGAGACAGCGUUUCUGUCUGGUUCAACCGGUAUCAUUUCCCAUCGGGGUUGAGGUUACCAGAUCGUCUGGAUUUUGAUGCUGCCCGGCCUGGAAACAUAGACGUGAAGGCAUUCGACGGAAACGUAUCUUGGGGGACAGAUGUUACUCUGAAGGAGGAAACUACUGGAAAUACCUCUUGA